CAUAUCAGGUGGCCUUUUUCCAGGAACGACCUGCGGAUCCAACCCGCAGCGCCAAAUACCGCUCUAACCCCGCACUGGGCUGGGAUAUCCUCCUCUACAUAACCUCAACCGCUUCUUACGUUACCGGACCGCUGCCCGGCCAGACCCCCACACCACCCCUGUACAUUGGACACUACCUGCCCAGCCAGAUCACCCCGUCCUUCCGCACCAGCUUCCCGGCUAGACCUCACCAUGACGGCGCAGGUAAUUCCCGUGGAGGCCAUCCUGGGCAAGCCUGACUUUAAGUACCAGAAGGUUCAGUACCGGCGGCACGUCUGGCAGCCCGGCUUCGGGGAAGCUGAGGAGCAGGCCCCGCCCGCCUUCCAGGCUCACGCCGGUACCAGCUCGGCCUCGUCCAUGUACAUCCGCAGUAAGGACUACGGAUUUCAGCGUAACGUGUGGACACCAGGGGACGUACAGUACCGAGACUCGGAGCUGGGCUCGCAAUGGAAGGCGCCGGAAGGCUAUGAAGGGGUUUACGACGCGUCCGUUUGGGGAAUUCCGACCGACGGCGACAUGCUGCCCGUUAUCGACAUCGACUGGGAUGAGCUGAACCGGCGGAAGGCUGAGCGAGACGCCCGGCUGGCUGCCGAGGAGGAGGCGGCAAGGCGGGCGGCGGAGGCUGCGCUCGCGGCUGCAGGGGCUCCAGAGGUUCCCGGCCCGCCGAUGUCGCGACUGGAUUACGACCGCAUGCUCGGUCUGGGCGGACAGAAGGAGCUGGGCGGGCCGCUGGGCGGGGAGUAUGUCACGCCCACGGAGGAGGACAGGCCCGUCGACAUGCAGGCACAGGCCCGGCCAGGCGGGGGCGCCAUGCCGGACGGGACCGACACGCUAGCCGGGGACUCUGCCGCCAGGAAAGGGCACGAGCUCAACAGACGGAAGCUGGGAAUAGUGACCCGUCCGUCCACGAUGCACGACCGCACGUACGGCAAGACAGCCGAGAGCGGGAAGGGCGCGGAGCUGUACCAGAAGCGGCAGCGGCGCGUGGUCCAGUUCUCCAAGGAGGACAUCCGCAGCUUCAAGCCGUGGCUCUCCCUCAUCUACGUGCCCCCAACGGAGAUCCUGCCGUACUACGGGAAACCAUUCAAGGAUGAGCCCGCAGCCCCCGAAGAGCCACCGGCACUCGUCCCGCCCAAGAAGCCGGGGCAGAAGGUGAUCCCCCGCGCGCCGAUGACCCCCUGGACGGCCGCCAUGCAGACGUCAGGUGACGUGGAGCCCGCGUUCACCCACCUGCGGAAGCGCGGCGCUCCGUUCGCCACGUACCUGGAGAAGGGCAUGGUGGGAGACCAGCCGGAGACGGUGGGAGCCGUGCAGGCCGUCAUGGGCGCUGCCGAGGGGAAGAGAGGUGCCGCCGGCGGUGGGGGAAGAGCGGGCGGCGGCGGUGGUGCGUUCGCAGGAGACGGAAGCGGCGGUGUGGGAGACGGCGCGUACGGAUCGGGCUUCCAUCUAGAGAAGGUGAACCCUGACGCUCGUCAGGAGCUCCCCAACUACAAGGACUUCAACCGCACGGCGAAGGGGUGGCUGGCUGUGGAGGGCGCCGAGACGUACGCGAUGUCGGAGGCGGAGGCGGCGUCGCGCGGGUUCUUCGCGGUGAGGCACAUCGACGCGGAGGCAGACGUGUGGCGGCCCGACCCGAGCGUGGUGAAGGCCAUCCUACAGGAGCGGUCCGAGCUGCACCUGCCGCCAGAACUGGCCGGCCUGCCGGAGUCAGAGGAGUUGUAACUGUCGAGACUGUCGUAUCUGAAACCUACAGAGGAGUUACUUGUAUAAUAAAAUAUUGGAGAAAGCAAAAGCAUUUUUGGACCGGAAAACUUUAGAGAGAAAGUUUGACAAGCUUCUGGCCAAAGUUGAAGCUGAACGAGCCAUUAUUGUAAGAACAUACAGGGGCUGUGUGAUUCUGUUUCUGAAAAACUUCUCCUGGGACUUUUCUUGACUUUAGCAAUUUUUAAAUGAUUUUGACAAUGAAUCACAAGUUAGUUAUUCUAAAUGUUAAUUGCUUCUUAAUUGAUGUCGGAGGCGGAGGCGGCGUCGCGCGGGUUCUUCGCCGUGCGGCACAUCGACGCGGAGGCAGACGUGUGGCGGCCCGACCCGCGCGUGGUGAAGGCCAUCCUACAG